GGGGUUGGAAAAUUUUCUGCCAAUCAAGGCUAAAAAAGUGAAAAAAUAGCUGCCCAGUCCAGAGGUCCGGAAAAACACCUUUGUUAAUCGUGAAACGGUGCAUCGUUUAAUGUGGAUCUAAUCGUGAAUUAAUCUUAAUUCGAUUGGGUGUGAGUGAGGACGAGAAUCGGCAGUCGGGAGGGUUAAUCAUGAAAAUUUACCCCCAAUGGAAGGGAUGGUCGAGGUUGUUGGUGGGGUUGGUGCUGUGCCUGGUGCUGCUGGCGACGGUAGCUAAGGCUUCGGCCGCCGCCGGGACUGAUCCGUACAAAAUUCUUGGCGUGACGAAACAUGCAACCCUGCAGGAUAUUCGCCGAGCGUACAAACAGCUGGCCAAGGAAUGGCAUCCGGACAAAUCGGACCAUCCGGAGGCGGAGACCAAGUUUGUUGAGAUCAAGCAAGCCUACGAGCUGCUGUCGGAUUCGGAACGACGCAAGGCGUACGAUUUGUAUGGCAUCACGAACGAGGAUGCUCAUCUGUACAAGGAACGUCCAGACUAUAGCAACUAUGGGCGGUUUCCGGAUCCGUUCGAGCAGUUUUUCGGGCACAAUUUUAACUUCCACGAUCAGGACAUUAGUCUGUUCCAUAGGCUGUCGAUUACAUCCAAGUAUUACGAGACGAACAUCGUUCCGAAGAGCCACCACACACCGCAGAUUCUGAUGUUCUACUCUGAUUGGUGUUUCUCAUGCAUGAAGGCGGCCAAUUCGUUUAAGAAAAUGAUUGAUACGCUGGAGCCGUUCGGUGUGACCUUUGCCACUAUCAAUGCCGGUCACGAGAAUCAGCUGGUGAGGAAGGUGGGAGUUCAUUCGCUGCCGUGUGUGAUCAUGGUUCUUGAUGGGCAUAACUACGUCUAUAAGGAGAGUGUGUACAACACUCAACGGGUCGUGGAAUUUAUCCGGCAGAAAUUGCCAUACAAACUGCUUCCAGCGGUCGAUGAUGGAUCUAUCGAUAGUUUCCUGCAAGGUUGGUCGGACAAUCGCGUCCGGGCGUUGGUCAUAGAACCACGAUCGCAGGUACGCCUCCGCUACCUAAUCACAGCAUUCCAUUUCCGAGACCGGGUGGCAUUCGGUUUCGUCCAACUAAACUCCCAGAAGACUCAACACAUCCAAGAACGGUUCAAGAUCCAUCCAUCGUUGGACACGUUGCUUAUAUUCAACGAAGACUCAACCCGUCCGGUGGCGUCGAUUUCAAUGUCGGACAUUCCAACACCCACGCUGAACAAUAUCAUCUCGAUGAACAAAUAUUUGGCCCUUCCUCGGUUGUCCUCGCAGGCCAUGCUCGAAGGAGUCUGCCCCGCCGAAUGGAACCGUCCGAGAAAGCGGUUGUGUGUGGUGCUGGUCACGGAGAACAUUUCGACGCACGACGAAGCCCGGCAGGCAAUGCGACGAAUUGCCAUGGAAUCGACCUACAGUCCGGAACGGGUCCGGUUCGCUUACAUCUACCAGGAGAAGCAGACCGAGUUCAUCAGUGCCCUGGCCGAGCAAAGCAAGCUGAAGGAGACGAUGCUGAAGGUAGUCAUCAUUUGGCGCAAGGAUGCCAAGCACAUCAAAUACGAGUGGGUGCACGAUGCCACGCUGGAAACGUUGAACAAGAGCGUGGAGAACGAGACCCACGAUAUCCACUACAACAACACGAAGCAGAAGCUGGAUGGAGCGAUCCAGCGGCUGUUGCGCUCGUCCGAGGCAUUGACCUACGAGGCGGAAGUAAAGGACUUACUGGACGAGCACGCUCAGGGAUUGGUGAUUCGCAUCCUGAACAAGGUUCUGCUGGCCUUCGAGUACAUGACGGAAAACCUCGGUCAGGAGCACAUCCUGCCGGCCCUGUCCGUGGUGGGCACCAUCGCGUUCAUCCUGGCGGCCGGUUAUCUGAUGUCAUACCUGGUUAGACUGGAAGAGGAAAACAUCCAGAAGAAGCAGUCCAAGUCCCCGGAGGAUAAGAAUGGCAAAGUCCAGAACUACGUCCCCGAGCUGCGUCUGCACGAACUGCGUGCGGAAAAGUAUAACGGAUUGGUCCGGCUGUUGAAGCCGGGCUGCCGGACGAUCGUCCUGCUGACGGACAUGCAAUCGCGAAGCAAACUGAUCCCUGCCUUCCACAAAGCAGUGUGGCCCUACAGGAAGAACAAAACUCUUAUGUUCGCCCACAUGCUGAUCGAAAAGGGCAUCGGUUGGUACGCGGAACUGCUGCGGCUGUCGCUGUCCGAGUCGCGGGAGAUGAAAAUCAACCCGCGGAACUGCAUCGGAACGGUCAUCGCGCUGAACGGGCAUCGGAAGUACUUCUGCAUGUACCACGCCAAACACCCGGAAUCGAACCGGGGUGCCAAGCGCAUGAUGAAGAUGACCCGGCAGCUGAGCACGAUGCCCUCGGAUCCGGAAGCCGGUGCCUUCCUGGGGAUGGACAGUUCCGACUCGGAAACCAGCACGUCCGACAUCUCCGAGCCGAAGAUCCUGCUGGAGGAGAACCUGCUCGAUGGGCUGCCCAACUGGUUGGAUCGCUUGUUCGAGGGCACCACCCAUCGGUACUACAUCAACUAUUGGCCGGAUUUCACCUCGAAAUAGGCGUGAUUUAUCACUCCACAGUGGGCAGGCAACCAAGCCCCACUCUCCUCUCACUACUUAUAGUAGUAGCAGCAGUAAUACUAGUAGUAGUAGUAGUAACAAUACAAUUUUUGUGAAAGCCAAAGACGAGGCCAUUCUACGACGAACACGGGAAGAGCGGAAGCGGUGAGAGAGUACACUUUUUUCCCCGUACCGUCGAACCCUUCCGGCGACUUCCGGUGACGACAAUUGUUCUGAGAUUUCUCGAGAAAGACAAACGCAAACACUCAUACACUGAGCUAUACUUGUUCAUUUUAUUCUCUAUUGUCUGUUUUUUCCUAUUGGUAUUUUUUUUAGAAAAGGUAAAUCUAUUUUCUGUUAGCUUUAAGUUAAAUGAUAGUUGUUAGUAGUUUAUUUCAAUGAUUGAAGAAGUCAAGGAAAAUGGUUGUUUUAACUAAUAUGUAUGUUCUUUUCGCGCAGCAAGCACAGUAAAAACCAGUAGUGGGCAAUUGAACAAUCUAGUCAAAUCUAACAUUAAACAUUAACUAGAAAAAAAAGAGAGGAAACGAUAUAGCAUGUUUUAUAUAGUGUUACAUGUAUCCUUAUUGCAUAACAAAUAAAGCUAAUUUUAUUGUUCUUCGAAUCAGAAACAAAACAACCGGAAAAAUCGACAAUUAGAUGUGUAAGAGUAUACUAGUAGAGUAUCAAAAAUCCUAUUCUUUCUCUUUAAACGUUGCCAUUUCACAUCGCUCGCCUUUCGGUUUGGGUUUCAAUUUCGGUUCAUUUCUCGGCUGCCGGCAAACUCCGAACUGGACGGAAAACAAAUAACCUAUAUAAUGCGCAAUGGAAGACUGCAUCUGAGGCAUUUCUUCCAUUAAUACUCUCGGCGAAAAACCGUGUGACAAAAAAAAAUUGGAUCAUCACGCAUAAAAACCAACAACCAACAAGUGAUAGUAUUAAUAAUCUUAAUAAAGUCUUAUCACCUUCUUUAUAAAACAAAACUUAAAAAGAUUUAAGAAAAUUGCGCUCCGCAAGCUUGCCCCAGCAGGUUCGCUACGACAAAAUACAAAAA